AUGAUCGGGACGGUGGACUCCAUCAACUACGACGGGACGCGGGUCCGGGAAGUGGUGCUGCGCUUUCCGGGCCGCACGGCCCGCUCGGGCGGCUCCGCGAUGGCCAUCCAAACGCUGGAGUUGAUCGGCCAGGGCUCUUUCGGGACCGUUUACCGCGCCGCCAGCCCGGACUACCCCUCGCUCGCGCUGAAAAUCUCCACCGGGAGCGCGACGCGGCUUCGGCGCGAGCUCGACGUCCUCGGGCUGGCCUGCACCAAAGGAAAGCUGCACCUCCCCCGCUUCGAGUUCGGCGCGCUGAACCAGGCGGAGGAUCUCGUCGUGAUCGGGAUGGAGCUCUGCGUCCCUCGCACCCUGCACGAGCUGAUCCUCGCCAAGCCCCUCGCCCAGAAGGCGGGGAUGUUGUUCGUGGCCUACCAAACCGCCCUCGCGGUCGCCUUUGUGCACGAGGAGGGGUGCAUUCACCGCGAUGUUAAACUGCAGAACUUCGUUUUUGAUCUGGACGGAAAUGUCAAGCUGAUCGACUUCGGGCUCUCCUGCGAUCAGAUGGAUCCGCUGCCGGGGGAUGUGGUGGCGGGGACGGUCGCCUUUAUGGCCCCGGAAAUGGCCCAUAACGCGCUUUAUCGGGAUAAACGCGUGAGUGUCGGCUCGCCGUCCGAUGUCUGGGCGCUGGGGAUCGUCUGGUUUUCCAUCUUCACGAAGCGGAAUCCCUAUCAUUGGGUGACCACGCAGCCCACGCUCACCACCACAGCGGAGAAAGAUUCGCUUUUGCCAGCAAGGUCGGGGGGCGGGGGGCUAAUCAACCCGAGCGGCACUUCCGCCCACGCCGACGACCCCCAGCGGCAGCAAAAUAAACAACUUUUGGAGUGCGUCGCCGCGGCGGAUUGGCGGUGGCCGGAGGAUUGCACUAUUUCAGAGGAUCUCAAAGAGCUCGUCGAGAGCGUGCUGCGCAAAAACCCUGCGGACCGGCCGACGUUGGAGAUGAUUUUGGAGAUGCCGAUUUGGGAUUGCCGGCGGCGUUCUCCACCGGAGGAUUUGAUGUGCUUUUUAGGCGUGCAAGACGAUUUUCUGCUUGCACACGACGAGGCUCAUUUAAUGCUGGCGGUCGAGCAGCGCAGCGCGGGGGUUUCCGCUUCCCUUAUGCACAGCCGCGCGCAGAGCCCUCUCAAAGGCGGGGAUGGGGGCAGAGAUUUCUCGCAAAUCAACGGGAACGCAAGCUGUUUGACGUCCUCACCGCCCUCAUCGUCGAGAAAAGCCUCACUAAAGGUGGUUUCUAAUGAGGAAUGCGAUGUCGACGGGGUGCCCUUUGUGCAGAUUUACGACGUUCGCGCGAGCACAAGCAAAAAAAGCAAGCCAAUUCGCGAUAUUUCCGUUGUGAUAGCGGAGGAAACAGCGAAAAUGUCUCGCUCGCGGUCUCGUCGAAAUGUGAAAUCGUGUGCAGGAACUGAGAUUGCAAAACCCAUCGCCACCGCCUCACUCUCGCGAGAGAAUUCGGUGAACUCACACAAACGCUCUCUCUCCAAAGCAGCACUAGUAAGCCGCGUUGUGGAGGUGAACGGAUCUCACUCAAACAAAGAGGAAACUAAAAUGGCAGAAGCUAAUGCAUUUUCCGCUGUAAUCAAGCAUAUUUCCCCUCUUACUGAGCGAAACGUAUCCGACGAGACGCACGCUAAGAAGGUGGAAGCUGAGGGUGAAUUCCUUCUUAACCAUCAACAGCUGGAGAGGGAUCCGCUGUCAAGCCUGGAAGAGUCCAUUUCUUUAGUGUGUAGUAGUAGUAGUAGUAAAGGUUGCCGAUCUAGCGAUGAUAUAGUCGUUGAGGUUGACAAAAAAAGUAGUAAUCUGAGUUCUCUGAAUAAUACCAAAACCCCCAUUAAGGGAACUUGCGAGCGGGAGGGAAGUGAACUUCUCGUUAACGAAGAGGCUGAUGUUCAGAUAAAUGGUAUUUAUAUCACCUCACCCCGCGAGUCCGAACGCGAAAGACCGACAAGCAAACGUUCGAGGCAUGAUUCGCUUGAAUCAAAGGCUACUAUGCUUUUGCAUGAUAGGACGCCUCCUAAAGAAGUUCCACCCUCGACAUCGCGUUCCCAGAGCAAAAAACCAUCCCCUGUUGUAGAGCAAACAUCCUCAAAGAAAGGGGGAACUAUUAAUGCUAAGCAACCGUCAACCUCCCGUGAUCGAAGCUCGCGUAGUGAGGAGAUGCCGAUACUCCUUAAGAGGAAGCGACCUUCUGAACUUAUCGAAAGUAAACCUCACGAUCCCUUUCUAAGCGACCGCCGACAGAGCAUACCUCGCGCGGCGGCAAAGAAAAGAUCUUCCCUCUCCAAUAAACCAUUUUUGAAGCCGAGUCCUCGCCUUGCUGCUGCCAUGCGGCGAGAAUUUGAUUAUCACCAGCAUUUGGCUUCCAUGCUGAAGGUGGAGCAUGAAUGGCUUAUAAUGAGCUUUCGUCUAACCAUCGAAGAGGAUCAGGCGCGCUACAACAUCACGUGGUUAGCGGGGGAGCAGGCGAAAUCCGCCACUCACCCUCAUCAUUUCAAAGAACUCGUAGAAGUCACCAGCAAACGCUACGAGAACGGGAUCGUCUGCGAUUCCUGCGAUUACGAGUUCCUCCCGGCAGGGCGGCGGAAGAAGACCCUCCACUUCUUUCACUGCAGCUGCGGGCGCGAUCUCUGCCCGGCGUGUUACGCGAGCUACCUCAAGGCCUACACCUGCCGGUGCUGUGGCAUCCGCCACCCCAACGGGCCGGCGCUGCGGGGCCACCUCAGCCAGCGCCGCUCUCGGCAUUCCCCUGUUACAGCACAGGAGGGGGUUGACCCCCCCCUCUCCCCCCCCUCCCCUCCCCUCCGAGGCCGUUCACGCAAGGGCCCCCAGCCCAGCCCCGGCGGCGACCCGCGCAGCCGCAACAGCCGCAACCCCCCCCGCUGUGACAGCCCCCGUCCCUGUACGGACGAGGCGGGGGCGAUCCCGCAGCGCGGGGAGGCGCCGCCUGAGGGGCCCUGGCGGCCUUUCGCGAAGCUCCGCGCGACGGCGACGCCGGCCCCGCCUUCGGAAACCCGCGAGGCGAUUCUCGGGGGGGAAUGGGUGCGCUUCUUUCAUUUGUACCCGUCGGAGCCCGGGGUGGAGCCCUACGCCUUCGCCUACCACAUCCAGCCCGGGCGCACCGGCGCGGUCUUUUUGAGUGGGGACUUCCCCAUCCACUCCGCGGUUAUUUCGAUGUUGGAGCGGCGGCUUUUGGUCGUGGAAGGGGUCGACGUUGAGAGCGGGGAGGACAACGCGCGGCUGACGACGUUGGUCGCAGCAAAGGCCAAUCCGCAGAUCGCCGGGGCCUUCCGCGCCCUCCAGGCAAUCGAGGCCUUCGACAUCAACGCAAUGAAACAGCGCCGGGCGCCUGGCCCUGUCGCCGUCUAUCAGGCUCCCCGCAGCGCCCACAGCCAUCAUGGCGAUCCCUUUGUCUACCUUCGAUGGUUUCGCUUUAGUGAGGACCGCCAGCUUGCAGCUUUUCUCCUUUCAAAUGGGGGGGUGCAGGUUUUUGUCAACGGCGAGUUCGAACUGCGCUGGUUCGACGAGCAGCAGAAGUUCCUCGUCCGUAGUAAUGGGGUCUGCGAGGUCGUCGGUGAUCGCACCUUCAGCCUCGCCCCCGCGAUUAAUCACCUCCUCUACGAUGCUUUCUAA